AUGGAAACCUUCCAAGCCCAACUCUUCGCCACCCUCGGCACCCACCCCACCCUCAUCGACGACAUACUCCACAUCAUCGCCCACCAGGGCGACCUAACCUCCUCAUCCCACACUCGCGCCGAAGCAGCCAUCUCCCACCGCCAAUACCUCCACUGGUGCGCGACCUCCAACUCCAGCGAACUGCUGAUCCAAAACGACCCGGACUCCACCCACUACACCAUCUCAGGUGUAUCCCUCUUCUCGGCCCGCUUCCUGACCUCCCCCGAAGACGACCGCACCCACAUCCGUCUCGCCUGGUUCUGCUCCCUACACGAUAAUCCAUCCCGUCCGCCCACCACUACCAACAACCCGAACCCCCCACCCCACCCCGGCGGCGCGCACGCCAUGCUCUCAGCAUUCAUCAUCCAACUCCUCCGCCAACUUGAAUUCGAAUUCAUCUCCUGGCCGGGCAUCGGCGCGUGGGAGAUCCAACUUCAGGCCCUCGCGCGCGGCGAACUAGGUACCCUGGCGACGUUGUUCGAGUGGCUCGUCUGUAACGUCCCCUCGGAGACCGUCCUCUCGAUCGUGAUUGAUGAUGUUGGACGGUAUGGGACGGGACAGUAUCUGGCGGAUAUGUUGGCCGUGGUGAGGAUGGUGUUGGCGUUGAGACGCUCCACGAGGGGUGUGAGGUGUGUUGUUAAGGUGUUGGUUACUUGUUCGGAGGGGGUUGAUGAGGUGAGGGAGAUGUUUCGUGGGGAGGAGGAACAGGCGGUUGUUGAGUUUGGGGAGUUGAGGGUGAGGGAUUGGAGGGGGGGUAGGGGAGGUAAUUAG